AAAAAAAAAAAAAAACCUCUCUCUCUCUCUCUAGCUCUCUGAUUUUUUCUCUCUCUAAAAAUGACGAGCACAGCCAGAAAGAAGCUCCACCUGAACACAGUCUCGGUCAACCUGGGCUGCAGCUGCAGCAGACCAAAGCUCUCCCUCCUCUUCCACCCAAAACCCAAACUCAAAACGCCCCGAAAACCCCACAAGCGACACGAAUACUACACCAACAACUCCUCUUCCAGCUCAUGGACAAACGACUUCGACGACACCACAACCACAACCCCAACAACGACAACAUCCGCCACGCCGUUAACGUUCUCUUCAAACGACGUCGGUUCUACCCCUUCCACUGCCGCGAAGAAGAAGAAGAAGGACUCGAAGAGAAACGCCGGCGGCGUCGGCAGGGGGUUCGGCAGAGUUGGCGGCGAGGGAGUGGCGGUGGAGAAGGACUCCGACGACCCAUAUCUCGAUUUCCGGCAUUCGAUGCUUCAGAUGAUUCUGGAGAACGAGAUAUACUCCAAGGACGAUCUGAGGGAGCUUCUCAACUGCUUUCUUCAGCUAAACUCGGCGUCCCACCAUGGGAUAAUCGUCAGAGCUUUUACUGAGAUUUGGGAUGGAGUUUUUUCCGUUAGGUCUGCGGGCCCUACCAAGCUGCAUUACGGUUACGACAAGUCACGUGACUACUAUUAGGUUUUAUUAGGUGAUGCACGUGACUGGCUUUUUUGGCACGUGAGGCUACUGCAUGGUUAAAAUGGAAAUAUUGUCCUCGGAGUGACGCGUAUUAUGUAUCAACAAUGUUACAGAACAUUAGUGGUUACGUGGAUCACACGGUAAUAGAAAGUGAGUCUCAAAAAAUGGAGCUCACAUUCUAUUAGUGUGUGGUAAAUUCAGGUGCCUAUAAGCGUUUUCAUUGUGUAUUUUGUAGUAGGGUAAGAAAAAUUACGUUCACUGCAUGGAAAUAUAAAAUGUUUUAGGGAUGA